AUGCGGAACUUCGGAAAUCUUACAGCGCUGCUCAACAUAAUUGGAUGGUCAGCAAUUAGUCAAGAAUUCAUCGAAACACUAACAAAUAUUACGUUGGCCACUUCGUUGGAGAGACGCGUGAAUACAAUACUCUACACAAGCUAUGCUGGAAGUAAUCAAAGCUCGCAACCAACUGGCACGCCAGAGUCCUCACAAAUACUAUACACGCUCUCCAACGCAUUGAGCCAGCCAUUGUUGCAUCUGGACACAACGCCGCCCAUUCACCGCUAUACCAAAAGAUUCAACGCCGAACUGCUCUCCAUCGCCAAACUGAAGCAGCGCUUUAAGUUGGACAUACAUCUAUUGAAAAGGCUGUGGCGACGCCUUUGGCGUAAUAGACAAUCUCGUCUCAUUCUGCUAUUCGAGGAUUGUGCCAGCGAUGCUUAUGUCGAAUUAAUACUUCAAAUAUGUGAAAAGAAUCGCGCUACGAAUGUAAUUGCUUUACAGCCGCGUAGAACGGUGAUGGAACGCACCUACUGGACUUUGCGAAUAUUUCCCAAACCCAAAGCGGUUAAACGCUCGCUACCAGCGCACUACAAGAGCAUAUUUCCCAAACAUUUGCAGAAUAUGCAUGGACAUCCAUUGCGUUUGGUCUUGACUUCCUUUCAUCCACAAAUCUACACCUACACACCAGCAAAUGGAAAUGCAACACUCAGCGGCUUUUUAGGUAGAGCCAUUGCCGAGUAUGCAACACAUCACAAUGCCACAGUGGAGUACACAGAAUCCUUACUGAAUAUACAUAAGAUGUUCACCAGGUCUGAGCUGAUUGAACUUUUCGAAAAUAAUUCCUAUGACAUUGGCUCGUUGGUGCCCAUAGAUAGCAACGAACGUGACUUGAGCUUCUCCGUCGUAUUCCAACGCAGCGAUUGGUGUCUGAUGGUGCCUGUGGAACAGCCACUGCCCAAGUCCACAUUUUACUAUAAAAUCUUAGAUAAAACAAUCAAAAUUUUAUUUUGUGUUUGCUUUUUAUUCAUCUCUGUUGUGUGGUCACUUUUAUCGCAUUGGGAAAAUAAGCAACCACUUUCAUUCAUCACUUACAUGCCCAACUUUUCGGUGCUUCAAGGUCUGAUGGGCAUGUCAUUUUGGACAAAUCGGCGCGUUUCAGCUGUUCACAAAAUUAUCAGCGUUACCGUUUCGUGGGCGGGUGUCAUUGUCAGCACGACAUACACAACAUAUCUGCAAAGUUUCACCAUAAAUGCGCCCAUCGGCCAGAGAAUCAACACCAUUGAAGAGUUACUGCGACGUGGCAUCAAAUUGGCUAUUACGCGUGAAGAUUUGUCGUUCGCUGCGAAUAAUUCAGAUAUUCAAAAAUAUAUGCAAAAUUUCACCGUUUACACGAACUUUACCGAAUAUGUAUUUCUACGCGACUCAUUGGACACACGCUAUGCUUUUCCGGUGACCGACAUUUGGGCCAUUUACGAUGAGCAACAGAAAUAUUUCUCACGACCGCUUUUUCGUUUUUCAAAUAUGUGCUUUGGUGAAAAUUAUCCAAUGGUUUUACCGUUGCAGGAGAGUUCAGUGCAUCGACAACGUUUGAAUGAAUUUCUAGAGCAGCUGCAUGAAGCUGGGCUGGUGGAACACUGGCGGCGACACAGCUUUGUGGAAUUAGUGGAGAUGCAUUGGUUUCGUCUGGAAGAUCGAAAUAAAAAGCCGGGUUUCGAGCCGGUGAAACUGCAGGAUCUACAUGGAAUAUUGACAGGACUAG